UUUACUUCCGCAGGACGUGAGUCACGCAUAUCCGGCUGGUGCGUUCAGGGACACCACCAGAAUGAGCUUUAUGACACUCUUUUAGGAUUCCGAAAGACAUUGAGGACGGUUUCAUCGCUCGAACCAAUAUAAGCAAUUCAAAUUAUUAAAAACUUAAAUAUUAUGUGUGUCUGUGUACGUGUACGUGAUAAUGUCGAAGCGUAACUAUAAAAGGAAUACCAUAAAUAGAAACAUUUGACUUUCACGAUGUUUUUGAAGGCAUUACAGGGGCAGGCGAAGACGUCGGGUGCUGAUGACGCACAAGAGAGUCGACGGUCGUUGUCGAGUCGUGUGGUGUUGUCUACAUCAUGCACUGUUAUUUUAGUCGUUCCUAAUACUUUUAAUUCGUUUUAACGUUUGCUGGGUGGAGGCGGUGGUCGUGAGAUGAAAUUCUGUCUUGAAGAGGUGAGGUCGGACUGCGUGGAGCUGCUGAGCCGCUUCCAGACGUCCGACUCCGUCCGCUUCCAGAUCUUCUCCAAAAUAUGGAGAGAAAUGAACUUCUCUGAAAUAUUUUACGGCACUGUGAACUACGGAGAGCAGCGAGCAUUCUGCCGUCUCAUCCUGGACACCACCUCCAGCUUCUUCAUGCCCCCGUACAGCUUCCAGAUCAGAGUGGGAGGACUUUACCUGCUGUACAGCUUGUAUCAAAGUCAGAUGAGCUCGCCCCCAGAGAAGAUCCGUCUGGCUCUGAAGGACUGGCAGGACGUGAAGAAGUUUGAGAAGGACGCCGUCGACGCUCAGCACCACGACGUCAUCUACAUCCUCCGAAAGCUGAUGUUCCAAAAAGCCUUCAUCUUCACUGCUAUGCCCGUUGCUCUAAGCUUCAAGAAGCAGAAGAAGCCGGAGAGAUCGGUGCCGUGUGAGCAGUUCAUGGAGCGGCCGUCUCGUCCACAGGAGCUCAUCAACAUCGACCUGCUGGAGGAAUUGUCCAACGUGGAGGAGAUCUACGGGAAGCUGAAGACGUCUGUGUCUUCGGCCUUAGAGCAGUCCGAGUCCUCCCUGAGCCUGGUCCGUAAAGGCCUGGCGCCGCAGCUACGCAGCACUGUGAUGGAUUUCUACAACUGGCAGCAGAGGAGGGGUGUUCCUGAGGAAGAAGAAGACGGUGGCGAGGGAACGUCGUCCAAGCAGGAGUGCUCCAAAAGAGCCCAGCUCAUCGCCUCCAUCAAGUCAAAGGCCUUCGGAGAGGCCACAGAGGCCCCCAAGUCGCGGCGCCAUCGUCAGGUGGAGGUGGAUUCCACGGGUAACUCGGCUGGACCCUCCGGCUCGUCGGGUUAUUCCAGAGCGAAGAAAAUGUCACUCAAAGCCAGAACCUAUCAGAAUGUAUACGUCUCAAGUGACUUGUGGAAAGAAAGUUUGGAGACGACCAGCAUCCAUCGACUCAGCGCGCUAGGCUUCGGUGCUGGAGAGAAAAAAAAAACGUACAACAAAUUCCACUGGUGAUGAAGACGGUUGAGACGUCCACCUGCACCCUGACUGGAGAUGUUUUAUUGUUGUUUUAAACAUUUCAAAGCGUUUUAACCUGUUUUUUAGUCUCCUUUAAAGCCAUUCCUUGUUGAAAAUGUUCUUGCCUGUAAGCCUUUGACAGUAAAGAAAACAUGAUGUUAGUUUUGUCUCUUGACUUAAAGAGACAAUUGAUGUAAAUAACCACAAUGAAUUCAUUUCUGUGAAACUGUUCAAACCGGAGCUCUCCUCUGCAGCUUUCCUGGUGUUUUUGAAGAUUUUAGGAAGCUUCAGUUUUGUAUAAAAGUUUAAAAGAAAAAG